AUGUUGGCAGGUGCGUUAGUUCUGGGCACCAUCCUUACAGCUUUACCAGGUAUUCAGAGUAGGUGGAGCGUGUCCUUUUCUAGGAGGGAGAUCUGUGUGUGGGCAGGAACAACCGUCACUCUGCCCUGCCGUUAUGACUACCCAUCAGGUCACAAUGUGAAGCGGGUCAUGUGGUUCCGUGUGUCUGCAGAAGGUCGCAGGGAGUUCGCUCACCACACUGACCCCAACGAGAUCAGCCUGUCGUACCGCGGACGCACCCGCUACAUCGGAGGCAGCUACUCCAGCUGUUCAGUCCAGAUUCGGGUUGUCAAGCUGAGUGAUGCAGGCCAGUACCACUUCAGGUUUGAGACAGACCAACCACUGGGGAGGUGGACCUCCCCGAACACCAUCACUCUGGAUGUAACAGACCUCCAGGUCCAGGUGCAUCCAGCAAGGCCCGCCAACAUGUUUGGCUUCGGAGAGACUGUGUUUGUAGGCUGCCAGGCCAGAGGAUGUGCUGCUCCAGGGAGGAGCCUUGCACUGUACAGGAACGGACUGAACCUCGGCUCCUACGAGAAAUGGAUGAUCAUCAACCGCUUUGACCAGGAGCAUGCUGGAGCAUACGCCUGUCGACCAAUCCCACCACAGAACGUACAGUCUCCAUCCGUCUCGCUGGCUCUGGGGCACGGUCCCAGCUUCACCUCCAUAGCGGUCUUCCCCGUGGGGGAGGUUUCAGAGGGGGGGUCGGUCACUCUUACGUGCAGUAGUGACGCAGCUCCGCCUGUAGAGAGCUUUGCAUGGUUCAAAGACAUGGAGAGUGGCAGCAUCCCAGACAGUUUUAGGCCUCGGCUCCGCCUGUCCCACCUCAAAUACACGGACAGAGGAGAGUACUUCUGUGUAGCACGCAACUCACUGGGAACAGACCGCUCCAAACCACUUCUACUCAAUGUCACGUACUCUCCAAAGAACACGCGUGUGCUGCUGAGUCCUCCAGCUGACAUCAGAGAAGGCUCCUAUGUGACCAUGAGCUGUGUCAGCCACGCCCACCCACCUGCCAGCAGGUAUGCUUGGUAUCGUAUCCUAGGUGACCAGGUGUUGGCUAAAGGAACCUUCCAGAACCUGACGUUCUCCUCGGCGCGUGCUCACCAUGCUGGUCAGUACUACUGCAAAGCGUGGAACCAGUUCGGAUACCACACCUCCCCUGUCGCUACACUCACUAUACUUUACCCUCCUAAGAACACAUCAGUUCUAGCUCGUCCCUCCAGCGUGGUGGAUGCUGGCCGACCUUUGACCUUAACCUGCAGCAGUCAGGCCAACCCGGCAGUGGACAACUUCACAUGGCACCGCUUAGCUCUGGACGGGGGCUCUGUACAAUCGUGGGGCAGCAAGUCCGGUCCUGUCUUCACCUUCUCGGAGGUCGGCCCUAGAGAGAGCGGACAGUACUACUGCGAGGCCAGGAAUCGAAUCGGAGCCCACAGCUCUCCUGUCCUCACUGUGCGAGUCAGAGGUCGUCUUAAGGUCAUUGCCUUGGCGUCAGCAGUAGGAGUGUCUGCUGGACUCAUCACUCUCACAGUGGCCAUUAUGAUCAGUAAGAACAUGCACAGAGUAGACACGGAGUCAGGAGAAGUAGCAAACAAGCGUCCGUCAGUGACAGCUGACACCAUGUUCUAUGAGUCAACCCAACAAACCUUUCCAGUGAAAGAGGGCAAGAUGUCCGACAUACCGGAGGAGCCAGAGGACUUGAGUGACAGCACCCACCCUGCCAUUGUUCCUCUGAAAGAUGCUCCACCGAUCACAGAAGUUGAAACUCAAAGCCCCGCCGCCAACUACACCACUGUCCACCACUCCAAGUUGUCCAGUGUGGACCAGGUGCAGGUCCACAACCUGCCACUGGGUGGCGAUAAAAAGCCGAUGGAUUCCUCCAAAGUUGUUUACACUUUACUGCACCAGCCUCGCCACUGACCGGGAGACAAAUCAGCUGAACAACAAAUCAGUCUUCCUCAUGUGAACCAAUCGCUUUACUUCCAAUCACAUCGUAGGACAGGAAACGACUCCUCGUGAACUCUGACGAUGCCUUAUGCCGCUCUGGGUCGGACAUGUCGUUAUGGAUUCUCCACCAGACCGCGAGGACAACGUGUGGU